GCCGCCGAUUUCCGCGGGUGGCCUGCGGCGGCGCGAUGAGAGUGGGGUCGGGGUGGCCGAGGCCACGGCCGGACCUCCGGGGCCUCUCUUGACUCUCGCGGCUCUCAGGUGGCCUUCCCUUCUCCGUGGCAGGACCUCUGUGUGUCCCGCAGCUGCGGGCUCAGGGCAGCACCUAGGACCCCCACCCCUCACUUCGCCCCCGCAGCCAUGUCGACACAGGGGGCGACCGUCCAGGCCCAGGAACCUGGCGGCAGGACCAAGUCCAGCAGCCCUCGACAAAUCCCGGUGGUCAGGGUGGUGACGGAGGACGAGGACGCCCAGGGUGCUUUAAAGCCCAUGGACCUAAGUCGCGUCAUCAAACUCCUUGAAGAGACUGAUAAAGGUGGUUUAGAAGAAAAACAACUUAAUAAAUCUGUCAAGAAACUGAUGCAAUAUUAUCAGAAUGGACUUCCCCUACGGGAUUUAGCACAGAUAUUUAAAAUUCUGAAUCUGUGUGCAAGAAAAAUUCAACACCAGCCCCAUUUUAUGGAAUCUGCAUAUAAUAUCCUAAAAUUAUGUAGCUUGCCAUUUUUGAAAAAAAAAGUAUCGGAUGAAAUAACAUAUGCUGAAGAUACUGCUAACUCAAUCGCACUUCUGGGUGACUUAAUGAAAGUACCAAGUUCUGAAUUGAGGAUACAAAUUUGUAAGUGUAUUGUUGACUUUUAUCAUGCAGAACCACCAAAAAAGCAUAUUACAGGUUACCAGCAAGCCAGUUCAUCAUUUAAGAUUCAGAUGGCUGAAGGCGCAGGACUGGCAAAAGCAAUGGUCCAAUCACUGGCCUUGCUUGAAAAUCAACUUGUUGAGAAACUUUGGGUACUUAAAGCUCUGCAACAUCUCUCCACUUCUGAGGUUAACUGUACUUUAAUGAUGGAAGCACAUGCAGCCAGCGGGCUCUGUGCUCACCUCAAUGAUCCAGAUCCCUCUGGACAGCUUCUGUUUCGUUCGUCAGAAAUACUUUGGAACUUGCUGGAAAAAUCUUCCAAAGAAGAAAUCAUACAACAGCUUAGUAGCUUGGAAUGUUUGCUGGCUUUGAAGGAAGUAUUUAAAAAUCUGUUUAUGAGAGGUUUUAGUCAUUACGAUCGUCAGCUUAGAAAUGAUAUAUUAGUGAUCACUACAAUUAUAGCUCAAAAUCCUGAAGCACCAAUGAUU